AUGGAAGCCAUCCAAACCCAUCCCGCAAAUGCCGCGCAGGCCAAGGCAUUUACUGCGCCUGGCUCACUCUCCUUCCCCGGCGGUGCGAGCGAGAUCGCGAACUCGACAGCGCCAACCAAUGGAGCGAGCAACGGUGGUCAGCAGCAGGGUGUGCAAGCCACUAGUGGUGCUGGGGUGACUCCCGCAACCCCCGCUGCGACUCCGGGAGCAGGCCCUGCGGGGCCGAGUGGCAUUACUCCCACGCUCCAGAACAUCGUCGCAACGGUCAAUCUGGAUUGCCGUCUGGACCUCAAAACGAUUGCGCUUCAUGCUCGCAACGCGGAGUAUAACCCCAAGCGCUUCGCAGCGGUGAUCAUGCGUAUCCGCGAGCCAAAGACUACUGCCUUGAUCUUCGCCAGCGGCAAGAUGGUCGUGACUGGUGCCAAGUCCGAGGACGAUUCGAAGCUUGCGUCGCGCAAAUACGCACGCAUCAUCCAGAAGCUGGGCUUCAACGCUAAGUUCACCGACUUCAAGAUCCAGAACAUUGUCGGUUCUUGCGACAUCAAAUUCCCCAUCCGUCUGGAGGGAUUGGCAUCAAAGCACCAUAACUUCAGCUCGUAUGAGCCCGAGCUGUUCCCUGGCUUGAUUUACCGCAUGAUCAAGCCCAAGAUCGUACUCCUCAUCUUCGUAAGCGGCAAGAUAGUUCUUACUGGCGCCAAAGUGCGCGAAGAGAUCUAUCAAGCCUUCGAGAUGAUCUAUCCUGUGCUGCAAGAUUUCCGCAAGGUUUAA